AGAGAGCAGCUCCCCCUGGCAGACGAGGACAGCGGCAGCGACAAGGAGGACGAGCAGCCCCAAGUGGUGACCCUGAAGGAAGGGGACCUGACUGCUGAAGAGGCCAUGAAAAUUAAACAGCAGAUCAAAGAGGCCUUGAAGGCAGACAAAUCAGAUGGUGAACCAGAACCUGCUGAUGGAAAAAUUAUGUUCAGGAAACCAGCCAAACGUUCCUCAGAGAAGUCUUUGGACUUCAACGUGAGUUCAAGUAAGAAGAUGAAAGAGGCAAAGAAAACUAAGAGAGAAGCCUCUACUUCUCAGAGCACAGCUAAGCAAGUAAAAAAUAGCAGCCUCCUCUCCUUUGAUGAUGAGGAAAAUGAUGAUUAG